AUGCCUGCCGUCAAGGAGCAGGUCCUCAGCCGCGUGCCCGUCAUCGGCAGCAAGCUCGCCGGCUAUGCUGCUGCCGCGCGCACCCAGCAGAGCGAGCCGACGGGCCGCAAGGCGGCGGGCCUCGACAUCAUCGACAUACGCCGCGACAAGGUCGAGAUAAACCUCAAGGACGAGCUCGCCGCGCUCUUCAACCCGACCGAUGGGACUGGCUCCCGGGCGCUGCCUACGCUAUUGCUAUACGACGCCAAGGGGCUGCAGCUAUUUGAAGAUAUCACAUAUCUGGACGAGUACUACCUCACCAACUACGAAAUCGAGCUGCUCAAGCGGUCGUCGGCCGAGCUCGCGAGCAAGAUCCCGGCGGGGUCCAUGGUGAUUGAACUGGGGAGCGGCAACCUGCGCAAGGUGUGCCUCCUCCUGCAGGCGUUUGAGGACCAGGCCAAGCCUAUCGACUACUACGCCCUCGACCUGUCGCAGAAGGAGCUCGAGCGCACCCUCGCACACGUGCCGGCUUUUCAGCACGUCUCCUGCCACGGCCUGCUGGGCACGUACGACGACGGCAAGGAGUGGCUGAAGCAGCAGGAGCUGCUGCGCCGCCCCAAGUGCAUCCUCCAUCUGGGAUCGAGUAUCGGAAACUUCAACCGUGAAGAUGGCGCCGAGUUUCUGCAGGACUUUGCGGACCUGCUGCAGUCUGAAAACGACUAUAUGAUUGUCGGGCUCGACUCUUGCGGCGACCCGGACAAGAUCUAUCGCGCAUAUAACGACAGCAAAGGCAUUACACACCAGUUCAUCCUCAACGGCCUCGCGCACGCCAAUGAGAUAUACGGCGAACAGGUUUUCGACGUCGACGAGUGGACUGUCAUCGGCGAGUACGUCUACGACGACCAGGGCGGUCGCCACCAGGCCUUUGUUGCUCCCGUCCGCGAGACCACCGUCCUCGGCUCCGUCGUCAAGGCCCGCGAGCGGGUCAAGAUCGAGCAAAGCCUCAAGUACUCCAAGUUUGGCGCGGACACGCUCUGGAAGGCGGCCGGCCUCGUCGAGGAAGCUGUGUGGACGCGCAACGGCGAGUAUGGCCUCCACAUGCUCAAGCGAGCAAAGCUCCCCUUCAGCCGCGUGCCCAGCAUCUACGCCGCCAGGCCCCUCCCCUCCAUGCAAGACUGGGAGGCCCUGUGGCAGGCCUGGGACGUCGUCACGCGGGGCAUGCUCCCCGAGCAGGAGCUCAACGAGAAGCCCAUCAAGCUGCGCAACGCCUGCAUCUUCUACCUGGGCCACAUCCCGACCUUCCUCGACAUCCAGCUGGCCAAGACGACGGGCGAGCCGCACACCGAGCCCGCCAGCUUCGUCUCCAUCUUCGAGCGCGGCAUCGACCCGGACGUCGACAACCCGGAGAAGUGCCACGACCACUCGGCCAUCCCGGACGAGUGGCCGCCCGCCGCGGAGAUUAUUGCGUAUCAGGACCGCGUGCGGGAUCGCCUGCGUCGAUUGUAUGCGCAGGGGCCGGAUGCGAUUCCUCGUGGGGUGGGACGCGGCGUGUGGGUGGGCUUUGAGCAUGAGCUCAUGCACAUUGAGACGCUGCUAUAUAUGAUGCUGCAGAGCGAUCGCACGUUGCCGCCGCCGCAUGCCGCGACGCCCGACUUUGAGAUGAUGGCCAAGAAGGCGUUUGAGGCGCGUGUUGCCAAUGAGUGGUUCGAUGUGCCCGCGCAGACCAUCACGAUUGGCAUGGACGACCCCGAGGAUGGCACUGACACGUCUCGCUACUAUGGCUGGGACAACGAGAAGCCCGCUCGAAAGGAGGCUGUCCAUGCCUUCCAAGCCAAGGGUCGUCCCAUCACCAACGAAGAGUACGCAAAGUUCAUGUACGACACCAACGUGUCCCAAAUCCCCGCCUCCUGGUCCACCACCCCGCCGCCCACGCCGCCAUCCCGCAACGGCGCCGAUACCAACGGCGCCGAUACCAACGGCACAAACAUAAACACCAACGGCAACGGCCACGGCGGGCACAACGGCAACGGCACGACCAACGGCGUCAACGGCGCCAACGGGCACGGCCGCUCGCCCUCGGCCGCCGGCGGCGGCAGCGGCAUCCUCUCGGCGCUGCCGGAGGCCUUCCUGCGCGACAAGGCGGUGCGCACCGUGUACGGCCUCGUGCCGCUGCGCCUGGCGCUCGACUGGCCCGUCUUUGCGUCGUACGACGAGCUCGCGCGCUGCGCGUCGUGGAUGGGCGGCCGCGUGCCCACGUUUGAGGAGGCGCGCAGCAUUUAUGCGUAUGUGGAUGCGCAGAGGGAGGUGUCGACGCAUAGCAAGCUGGCGAACAAGGUUCCUGCCGUGAAUGGUCACCUCGUCAACGACGGCGUCGAGGAAACGCCCCCAUCCCUAUCCCCCGUCGACGACAGCUCCUCCGCACAGGAGCAGCUGUUCGUCGACCUCGCCCGCGCCGGCGCCAACGUCGGCUUCAAGCGCUGGCACCCCGUGCCCGUCACGCACUUGGGCGGGCGGCUCGCGGGCCAGGCCGGCAUGGGCGGCGCCUGGGAGUGGACCAGCUCCCCGCUGCGCCGCCACGAGGGCUUCGCCCCCAUGGCCCUCUACCCGGCCUACACGGCCGACUUCUUCGACGGCAAGCACAACGUCGUCCUGGGCGGCUCGUGGGCCACGCACCCGCGCAUCGCCGGCAGGCGCAGCUUCGUCAACUGGUAUCAGCGCAACUACCCCUAUGCGUGGGUCGGCGCGCGGGUGGUGCGGGAUGUGCAGUGA